UUAUUGUGAGGUUGGAGGUAGGACUAAUGUUACAGGAGAGUGUGACCAGGGCUUCUACUGUGUCAAAGGAUCUAACAGCAGUGCACCAACAGAUGGGGUCACAGGUGAUAUUUGUUGGGCCGGUCAUUACUGUGUAGAAGGAUCUAGCGUCCCAAUUGCUUGUCCCAACGGUACAUUUAUGAAUCAUACCGGAGCCUCAGAGUGUGACAUCUGUCCUGAAGGUAGAUAUUGUAUCCAUGGCGAUAAAGCGUUGCCAUGUCCACAGGGCUACUAUUGUCCAGAAGGAACUGGUUAUGACUAUCAGAUGUGUCCGUCUGGAAUGUUUGGCUCUAGGACUGGUUUAGUUGCUGAAGGAGAUUGCACUCAGUGUACAGGUGGUCAUUAUUGUGAAACACCUGGUUCACCUGAGCCAGAUGGAAACUGUACAGCUGGUCACUACUGCACAUCUGGUGUAGACAGAGCAACGCCAACAGCUGGUGAUGGUCAUAAGGGUACUGGAGGUCUAUGUCCAGUGGGCAGCUUUUGUCCAAAGGGAACUGCUGUUCCAUUGGAUUGUCCAGCAGGAACAUACACAGGCAGUGAAGGUUUAAGCUCCUGUCCAUCAUGCGUAGCAGGAUAUUAUUGUCCAUCCAACACCAGUGAUCCUCUGGUCUACCCAUGUCCAGUUGGUCAUUAUUGUCCUACUGGUACAACAUAUCCAUAUGAACAUGCAUGUCCGGAGGGUUCCUAUAAUGGGCUAGAAGCUCAGCAGAAUAUUUCUUCAUGUGAUCUCUGUCCUCCUGGGAUGUACUGCCAAGGUGAGGGGCUUGAGGAACCAACUGGUAACUGUAGUGCAGGCUGGUUUUGCACAGGAGGAGCUUGGGACUCUAUGCCGUUGCCUCCUGGAAAUUCUACUGUUAUUGCUGACUGUACUUGCCCUGCUGUUAACUACACUGGCAACAAAUGUCCACCAGGAACAUACUGUCCAGAAGGUUCUUCUGCUCCAGUUGACUGCGACUAUGGCAAAUAUUGCGCUGAUUACGAACUACCUGCCCCAACGGAGGACUGCACAGCUGGCUUCUACUGUCCCAGAGGACAAGAACGUCCAGAUCCACCAGCUUUUACUUGCCCAGUGGGCUACUAUUGUGUACAGGGUGCUGGAUGGCCUACAGCAUGUCCCAAUGGAACCUUUAGUAACACAACUCAGAACACAGAGCUAUUGAAUUGUGAAACUUGCUUACCAGGCAAAUAUUGUUCUGGUGAGCACCUUUACAAACCUUCAGGUGACUGUAUGGAAGGCUAUUAUUGCCCUGGAGGUCAGAGUGAGAGGGCACCAUCUAACUACAUCUGUCCACAAGGUUUUGCUUGUCCUGAAGGAAGCUCGAUUCCACAGAUGUGUUCGAGAGGAACAUAUCAGCCAGAAGUAGAGCAGGCAGAGUGUGAUGCUUGCCCAGCAGGAACUUACUGUGAUCCUUAUGAACUUGAGAAUGUGACAGGAAUCAUUGUGCCAAUGGACUGUAUUCCUGGACAUUUCUGUCCCAAUGGAACUCAAUAUGCCCAACAGAACAAGUGUCCUGUUGGAACGUACUCAAAUAAAUCCAAUCUAGCAAAUGCUGGAGAGUGCACACCAUGUGACGCAGGCUGGUAUUGUGACGAGCAAGGUAUGACUGCACCCAAGGCAAAGUGUCAGUCAGGCUACUACUGCACACUAAGAGCUGAAGAACCUGCACCAACCGAUGGGCUUACAGGCGAUAUUUGCCUACAAGGAAAAUACUGUGUAGAAGGAUCAGUCACAGGUGAAGAUUGUCCAGUUGGUCGCUAUGGUAAUCAAACCGGUCUACGUGCAUCCACUGAUUGUCCAUUGUGUGACCCUGGUUGGUACUGUAAUUCACCUGGUCUGGUUGAACCAUAUGCCAUGUGCUCAGCUGGACAUUACUGUGAACUUGGUUCAACAUCACCAAAUCCAACUAAUGAGACCUUUGGGUACUCAUGUCCAGUUGGUCACUACUGUCCACAGGGUACUCCAGUGCCAGUAACUUGCAAUGCAGGAACUUACAAUCCAUUCAAAGGUCAAGAUGAAGCUGAUGAUUGCACUGGUUGUGAUGGUGGGUUCUACUGCAUGUCUGAAGGUCAAGCCAAUGUCACAGCUGAAUGUUACAGUGGAUACUACUGCAGUUCUGGAGCCUCUUCACCAAAUCCAGAGGAUGGUGUGACAGGAAAUAUUUGUCCUAUUGGUCACUACUGUCCAACCGGAAGUGACAGGCCGUUACCAUGUAAUAAUGCUACAUACAUGAAUGAAACUGGUGCAGCAGAAUGUCUGGUUUGUCCUGAAGGAUACAAGUGUAUCCAUGGUGAUGAACCUGACCCAUGUCCAGCUGGCUUCUUCUGUCCAAUGGGAACAGGAUAUGACAUUCAGCUAUGUCCUGAAGGCACAUUUGGAGCAUCAGAACUGUUGUCUGAAUCUGGUGAUUGUACUCGGUGUACAGGUGGAAAAUAUUGCCAAUCGCCUGGAAUGGAUAGUGUUAGUGGUCCGUGUGAUCCUGGACAUUACUGCACAGAAGGUGUGAACAUCAAGGCACCAAAUGGUGUAAACAACACAGGUACUGGUGGUAUAUGUGCACCUGGGCAUGAAUGUCCUGAGGGUACAGCUGUGCAAAUCCCAUGUACACCUGGUAGCUAUGCACCUGUGGCACAGAUGUCUGCUUGUCUACCAUGCCCUGCAGGAAAAUAUUGUGAGAAUGCAACAGUAACACCUCAAGAUUGCUUAGUUGGUCAUUACUGUCCAGAAAGCACAGAGUUUGCGGAGCAAUACCCUUGCCAAGCAGGAACAUAUAACAAUCUCACAGGUCAACCAAACUCAACUAACUGUGUACACUGCCCUCCUGGUAUGUACUGUGAAGGUUCCGGCUUGAGUUUGCCCUCUGGAUGGUGUGAUGAAGGAUUCUAUUGUAGUGGAGGUUCAAAUGCCAAAAGACCAUUUGACGUUGGAAUGACAGUUGCGCUUCCAACUCCAGGGUAUGCAUAUGAUAAUGAUACCUGUCACCCACUUUAUGACUGCGUUUGUCCAGAUUUCGGUAUGAGUACAGGUGGAUUAUGUGGUCCAGGAUUCUACUGCCCAUACGGCUCAUCUAAACCAUUGAAUUGCGCAGGUGGAAGGUACUGUGAGACACCCGGCCUAGCGGCUCCUACAGGCAACUGCAGUGCUGGCUGGUAUUGUAACCAUACCAGCUCAGAGCCUGAUCAGUAUAUCUGUCCAGCCGGGUAUUACUGCCCAGUAGGCACUGCUGUACCCAUCGGUUGUCCAUCAGGCUCUUACAGUGGAACAGAGGGCAAUAAUGAGUUAUCAGACUGUUUGAACUGCACAGCUGGACAAUAUUGUGAAGGUGAUGGAAAUGAUGCCCCUGAUGAUGACUGCACCCCAGGAUAUUAUUGCCCAGGUGGUCAAGACACUGGCACACCAACUGACUUACAGUGUCCAGUUGGUCAUUAUUGUCCAGGAGGCUCUCACCAGCCACUGGUGUGUACCAAUGGAACCUACCAACCUGAUCCACGGAUGAGUGAUUGUGAAAUUUGCCCUCCAGGCUACUACUGUGAUUCAAAUGAAAUGGGACCUGUGGCCAACCCAAGUCCAUGCCCAGCUGGCUAUUACUGUCCAGAAGGUACAGAGCUGGCAGAAUCCAACCCUUGUCCUGUAGGAAGCUUUGGCGAUGACACCCUGUAUACAGAAGUCGAUGACUGUAGAUCUUGUACACCAGGCCACUACUGCGGGGACGAUGCAUUAACAGCGCCCUCUGGUGAAUGCUACGCUGGUUACUAUUGUACAGGAGAUGCUUCAUCAGCGACUCCUUAUAAUGACAUGGUUGAUGAUUCCAACAAUGCAAGUUUCACUGGAAAUGAUGUAUGUCCCAUAGGCUUCUUUUGCCCCAAUGGCACUUCAUACCCUGAACCAUGCCCUGCUGGUACAUUUUCUCAGAAUACACGCGUAACUCGUGUGGAAGACUGUGAAGAGUGUCCCCCUGGACGUUACUGCAACAUGGUAGGCUUUGUGAAAGUUAGCGAAGCCCCUACAUGUGAUCCAGGAUAUGUUUGCACCGGUGGUAGCACAACACCAACCCCUCAUUCAUCAUCAGGUAUGGGUUACCAAUGUCCAGUUGGUCACUAUUGUCCAGCAGGAACAAUUACCGAGCUAGGCUGUUCUAUUGGAACAUACCAGCCAAACAUGGGUCAAGAUAACUGUACUGAGUGCCCUGCUGGAUUUAUGUGUCCUUACACCAACAUGUCUGAACCUUUGCCAUGUAAAUCAGGACAUUACUGUCCAGCAGCUGAACCAAGCCCUGUAGCAUGUCCUGAAGGAACAUUCAACAACGUGACUGGGGCUAGCAUUGUAGAUGAAUGCAUUGACUGUACCUCAGGAAUGUACUGUGAAGGAGUUGGCAACAGCUACCCAUCAGGUCCUUGUAUUGCUGGGUAUUAUUGCUACAGAGGAGCAUCAAACAGAGUGCCAGCAGAGAACAUCGAAUACCCUGACAAUGGCUUCUGCCCUGCUGGAUACUAUUGUGUUGAAGGCACACCCACUCCUGAGCCAUGUCCAAUAGGAACCCUGCGAAGUGUACCACAGGCUGAAUCAGAAAAUGAUUGUGCUCCCUGUACCGGAGGCUAUUACUGCGACACACCUGGCCAGCUGAAUGCUACAGACAUCUGUUCAGCAGGUUUCUACUGUCCAGCCAAUGAAACCAUUGACAAUCCCACUCCACCAGAAUUCAAAUGCUGGAUUGGUCACUACUGCCCAGAAGGGUCAUCAGUACCACUACCUUGUCCAGUGGGCAAGUACCAGCCCAAUGAGGGGACAGACGAGUGUAUAUCUUGCCAGGCAGGCUACUACUGUCAGAGUGCAUUGGUACCUGACCCACAGCCUUGUCCACCAUACCACUACUGUCCAGAAGCUACUAUGUUCCCAAUAUCUUGUCCUAAUGGCACCUACACCUAUGACAACACAACGACUUUGAAAGAAGCUUCCGAAUGCUUGCCAUGUGCUGCGGGCAAAUUCUGCAGGGGAGGAAAAAUCAGUGAUAGUUGUUCUGCUGGCUACUUCUGUUUGAGUGGUAGUUACGAAUUCACCCCCGAUAAUGCCCCACCGAAUCCAGACCAGGACCAAUGUCCAGUUAACACCAUGUGUGCCGGUCAGUGCCCAGCUGGUUACUACUGUCCCGAAGGAAUUGAAGAUCCAAUUCCAUGUCCUAAUGUGACGUUGAGAGACACGGCGGGUGCCAGCCAAAUGUCAGAGUGUGUGGAUUGCCCGGCAGGUUCAAUGUGUCUGGAAGGUGAUCCUGUUGAAUAUGGUUGCCCAUUGGGGCAUUAUUGCGAGCUUGGAGUUGCCCCACAGGAGUGUCCGUUGUACCACUAUAGGAAUGAAUUUGGUGCAGCUAGUGAGGGUGAUUGUUUUAACUGUGUGGCGGGUUACUUCUGCAAUCAAACAGGUAUGACUACCAGCAACUUCACACCCUGCCCUGUGGGUCACUAUUGCGUGGAAGCCACAGAGGAACCAGAGCCAUGCACAGGAGGUCGCAUGAGUACUACUGAAGGUCGUACUAGUAAUGAAGACUGCCCUCUAUGUACACCUGGAUACUACUGUCCUAAUGAUACUAUCAAUGUACAUGGAAUUCCUUGCAGGCCAACUUAUGAAUGCCCAGAAGGGUCUUCCAUUGAAGUAGUGUGUCGUGCUGGUCAUUAUUGUGAAGGGGUAACUGGCGAACCACCGAUAUGCCCUGGAGGCUACUAUUGUCCACUUGGGUCCAGUGCUCCAAUCAGAUGCGAAUAUCCUGAAUAUUGUCCCGAGGGUAGUGAGAUACCAUUAACUUGUCCUCUUGGUUACAAAGCAGUUGACCAUUCUGGCCUACGCUAUGUGAAUACGCAAUCAUGUAACAUUUGUCCAGAUGGCUUCUAUGGAAACCACACAGAGAGACUCACAUGUGAAAUUUGUCCUCAAGGAUAUUAUUGUCCAGCAGGAACUGGUGAUCCAACUAACAACCCCUGCCCCAUUGGUUACUAUUGUCCAGAGGGGGCCGGAGCCCCUACUGCUUGCCCGACUGGCAAGUAUGGUAAUAUUGUGAAAGCAUACAGGUCGGACCAAUGUGUGGACUGCCCAGAGAAUACAUUCAACAACAUGGUGGGACAGAAGGCCUGUAGGCCAUGUGGUAGUUCAGCAACAGCAGUAAUAGGCAGUCCUGUGUGUGAGUGUACAGGUAAAUACCGUUCCUUUCAGACAUCGGAUGGCUCCUGUAUUUGUCAGUCAGGUUACAUAUUCUAUGAUGAGGUUGAUGCCCCACAGGAAGAUGAGAACAGUGAUGAAGAUUGUCAACCAAUUGUUGAUGAAAGGUGCGACCUGAACCAAGCUCGUGAUUCAAGUUCUCGCAAGUGCGUGGAUCCUGAAAAAUUUAAAUGCACUGAAGCAUGUCCAGGAUCUAGCGGCACUUUCAAUGUUGUCCUCGGAAGAUGUGACUGUGCAACAUACACCGACCCACUGGAGAUAUGCGACACAGAUUGUAUGAACACAAAGCCAAGUGUAGCGGGCACGCUCAGUGAUAGCGGACAGCUUCUUAUCAGCACUGAAUCAGAUGAUGGUUCAACCACAUCUGAACCUGUUCCAAAUGUGAUUGGCCCUAGCGUGCAUACAUCUGGUACAAAGAAUGUUGAAUUAGUUUCCUUUGAGCCUACUGGUAUUGUCGGCCACAUCAUCACCGAUCCUAGCCAAGUUUCACAAAUCCUUCUUGGAGUAUCUGAAACAACUACACUUACAUAUGAUCCAAGGACCUUCUAUGCAAACACUACCUCAUCAUCACGUCGUCGUCUGCUUGCUGUGCAGACCGCCUCUGGUGUUUCAGGAAUUGAAAAUCCACUUUUCUGUUUGGAGCUUGAGGAGAUGCUUAUUUUCAAAGUGACCAUCGACGAAAAUAAUCGUUCACUUAGCAACUAUCCAGUUUAUGUCAAAGACCAUCUUUUCAACACCAAUCCACUGUUUGAUUACAGCGAGUUCCGUGACUUACAAUUCUACGUGGAAAGUACAAAUGUUACUAUAAAUGCAUUUGCUCAUGUGUUUACUGAAUCUGGUCAGUACGUGUUUGCUGAUGCGCAAGAAAGCCAGCGAGAGGUUAUUGUUUCUGUAAAGGAGGAAGGCCAGACGUGUCCUUUAGGACAAUCUAAGGUGCUGCCGUCACAGAAGAUUUACCUCACAGAGCAGGGAAUAGGAAAGAGUGAAGCAGUGAAUGAGGAACCAGAUUGGGGUCUUAUCAUUGGUAUGCUUGCCUUCCUGCUUGCUUGUGUGGUUAUGCUUGUUGUAGCUGUUAUCGUUUGGCGUCCACAAAAUGCAGGAAUAUAUCCAAUGAAAGCCUGGAAACCCAAGUACCGUUACUUAGGUGCACCACACCGACUACCAACAUACCUGCAGUACCAGGAAUAUGACAGAGAGGCAAUCCUUCUUGGACCUCGAAUUGUUGAAGGCUCUGAAGGUAAAGUUCAGUCUGGAAACCAAAGUGACUUACUGGAGGAUUUCAAUGUUCGCACGCUAUUCGACAAGCUAGAGGAUCAGUCCUUAUACCUAUCGCAACAACUCAGCAAACAUCAGGAUGAUAUGCGCAGCUUCUACGAACGCAUGAGUCAGCAGACAGAUGGACUGAAAGUAAUGUUGAAUAACUUUGAUGCAUCCAAGUUGGAGGCUAGCGGCAAAGCCAGAAGACGUCGUAGAGGCUCAGGAAGCAGCAGUAGCAGCAGUGGCUCUGAUGAGGAAGGUCCAGUAGUUGUCAAUGCUAAGGUUAACAGAGUGUUCAAUAUCCAAGUCUCAAAAACUCGUGAAACAGAAUUAAUGGAUGCAUUAAGAAUUCUGGUUGAGAAGCUGAAUUCUGGCACGUUCAACAUCACACCAGAGAUGAUGAGCAAGGCUUCAACAUCUAAUGGAACCAAGGUUGCCUCUGGAAAUCUCAUCAGUCGACAGAAUGCUGAACGUCUUCAACUUGAGAGAGAACUUGUUGAUGAAGAACAGAAGGAAAUGAAUACAUUAUUGCAGGAACAUGAAAAAGAAAGGCAGGAGAUAAUAAAGCGAAUGAAUGCUGAAUUGACAGCAGAAUUGGACGGUGACCUGAGUACGGAUGAGAUUGAGGAGAUCAUGUCAAGGCAUGAGAAGUCAUUGUACCACGCUCUUGAUCGCCUUGACCAUAAGAAAGAAAAACAAAUGUAUGAUCUUCAGCAAAAACUGGCCCAGAGAAGAAUGGCUAAGCAGCUGGCACUCAGAAAACGACACCAACAGGAGGCCGAGGAAGCUGGUCUGCCGCCAAUAGAAGAGUUGAAAUCAUCAGCAGCAGGUCAAAUCAGGACACAUGAAUUAACCCUCGGCAUCAGUGUAUCUGAAGGCUCUGCUGCCCUCUCUAAGGCACAGAUGCAAGCCAAUCAGGAACAAGCUAAUGAAGAACUUUACAAGUUCUCUGAGAACAUGUCAACAGCUAUUGAUACAUUGGUCCAGGCUGGUGGUCUUGAUGCAGAUGCUGCCCAGGGCUUGAGCCAUGAGCAGUUUGAUACUGAGAGAGCCAUUAAACAGAAAAUGGAUAAACGGCGCACAGAUCAUACCGCUGUUUUGAAGACUCGCAUGGCACAAAGGCGUCGCAAUAAAAUCAGGAAAUUGAAGAAUAAACAAGACGCUGAAAUGGAUAAGCUUGGAGAUUUGACAGCUGAAGAAGUACGAGAAAUUGAAGUACGCAACCAGAAAGAGAUGGAGUCACUGGAGGCCAAGCUAGAGUCUGAGGAAAUGCAACAAAUAUUGGACAUUAAUAAACAAAUUGAUGAAGAACAAAGUAAAGAAAUCAAGAAGGCUCAUAGAGAUAUUUUGAAAAAGGCCCAAUUGGAUCAUAAAAUUGAUACAGUGAUAUCUCAGCAAUUAAUGGACCAAAUGAGACGAGAGAAUGAGAAUGUUCAAUAUGAACUCAGCGUUCAACGAGAUCGUCAGGAGGCUGAUCUUAAAGCUAAAAUACAAAGCAGACAAGAACGUAAACAGAGAGAUCUUCAAAGGAUGGCAGAGGAAGAGGCGGCACAGAGAUUCCUGGCAGAGCAAGAGAAACAGGUGCAACAAGAUGAUUUGAAUCUCACAUCAGGACUACAGGUGAAUCUGGAAGAUCUCUCCAUUGAAGAACAGGCUGUAGUUCGAGAACACCAGCGAGUACAAGAAGAGAUGAAACAGAGACAUGAGGAGGAACAGCAGAAGCUAAAAGAGAAACUUGAACAAGAAGGAAAAGAAAAACAGGAGGAUGAGCUAAGAAGAGUAGACAGUGAGCGAUUGAAAAUAAUCACAGAAAAGAAGAAUAAGCAAGCAGCUGAGAUCACCGCAAGAACAGACUUGUCUGAUGAGGAAAUGCAGCAGCUUCUAACAGCUCAUGCUCGUGAGAUUGAAGACCUUGAGGACAAACUUUACAGUGAGCGUGCCCGCCAGCAGCUUCAGCUGCGUGACAGACUCGCAAAACGCAAAAAACAACUAGAAAAGGAACAAAAACGAAAGCAUGAAGUUGAACUUGCGAAGGAAAUGAUCGAGCAAAAGAAAGAACUUUCAGAGGUUCGCUCCAGUGUCAUCAAGGAAAAAGAGAAGAAGGAAAUGAUGGAAGGAGUUCAAGGAAGUGGGGGACAAAACACUGAGAAAAUUAUUAGAGCUGUUCUUGAUAAGCGACAUGCUCAGGAACUAAUUGAUUUAGAUGGGCAGUUUGAGGCAGAGCGUAAAGUAGCUGUAGAGGGCGCUUUAGCAAAGUUGCAUGACAAAUACCAUUCAAAGCGAGAGUUGAUGAUACAGCAUCAUGAAAAAGAGCUUGCUGAUCUUGCUAAAGAGGGGCUACCACCAGAAGAACUCCGACAACGACGAGCUUCUGUUCUCAAUAAACAGCAGAUUGAGAUGAGCCAAUUGGAAAAAGAUCUUUCAGCUGAAAAGCAUGAAAUAGAACAGGGCGCCCUUUCUGACUGGGAGUUACGAUUUGCUCGUGCUAAGCUUGAGAUGAAGGAGCGCCAUUAUCAAGAGUUUGCUGAAGCUCUCAGAGAAUUCUCAACAGAUCAGAAUGUGAACCAGUUAGUGUCUGCUGAACAGGCCCAGAAGGCAGCAGAGGAUUUGGAUGAGCUGAAGACUAGACUUGAAAAAGAACGCUUAGAAAAUGAAGAAAAAUUGCUGAAGGAGAAAGAAGAUUUUGAAAAGACUGAGAAGAAACGCAUGGAAAAAGAACUGUCUGAAUUUGAGAAGCGUAUGCAUGAUGAAGAAAAGAAAGAAAAGGAACGACAUGAGAAAAAUCUGGCUUCACUGAAUAAACGAAAGGAACAAUUAGUACAAGAAAAGAAAAAGAAGCAUUUGGAAAAACUAGAAGCAAUGAAGAAGAACGGAAGUUCUAAAGAAGAACAGGAACGUCUGAUUGAGGAAUUUGAACAUGAUGUUGCUAAACUAAAACAGAAACAUGAUGAAGACCGGAUGAGGAUGCAAAGCUCACUUCAAGAACGACUGAAGAAGAAGAAAGAGGAGAAGCUGAAGAUGAAGAAAGAGAAUGUUCAGCUGCAGAUGAAGGCAAAUAUUGAAGAACAUAAUGAACAUCUGAAAAUGGAGGGAGAAAGAAUGAAGGCAGAUGAGGUUAUGACAUUGAAAGAGAGUGUCAACAUAGAUCACUUGUUAUCCAAUAAGGAACCAGUGCCAACUGUGAUGCCAAGCUCGUAUGCCAUGGCAGCACCAAUGAGUGAUGAGGACCUAACCAACCUCCUUAUGGUGUCACCACUCUACCGCAAAAUGGAAGAAAUUAAAGGCAUGAUGAAAAAUGGAGGACUGUUACCGAAGAAAGACAAAACUCAAUUUCUCGAUGCACGUGACCAAGAAUGGGUGGGUGACACUGAGCUCAUUCCGGUCGACCUCAACAAGCUCGGUGGACGUACAUUCGUCGUUUACAAGUUUGGUGUCUUCAUUGCCAAGUUAGUGGCCACAAAUUGCGGACAUAACCCAGUGACUCUACUCCUUGCUGAGAAGAUCCCUAACAAUCCCAACUUGACUAAGAAUGCUUACAGGAACUCUUAUCAUUUUGAUGAUAGCAGUCAAAUCUUGUACAUGCGGCUUAGCAGACUAGAUUUCGUUGGAGACUUCGUUUUGGUGUUAGUCCAUGCUCUUGCUCAUAUCAAGAUAGGUGACAUGAUUGAUGACACAGACCAAGAUUUCACUCGUGAAUUCUACAGCGCCCUCUCUACAGUCUGCAAUGAUCUGUUUUUUGCUCGCUACCGACGAACCAGUGCUCUUACGCAGGCUGAGCAGGAUAUGACUGCAGAGCAGAAGGAUAAGGAGGAAAAGAGUUCUCGUAUGUUACUUGAGGCCUUGUUUGGAGAUUCACAUGCUAAUUCUGAUAAAGAGAAUAUCGUAGACCAAUUACUUGACGUACAGUUGAUACGUGGAUCAGACAGCUCUGGCACAACUGUUACACAAGAACAGAUGAAUCAAAGAUUGAGGAAAUACAACAAUUUCUCUGUGAAUGAGCAAAUGAGGAACUUCCUUGGUCAUGUUGAGGACAAGAUGACUCUCGCAAAGCAACAUGGAACAAACGAUAAAGUGGAUGACCGUCUCUCCCAAUUGACAGGCAAGACCGUGCUGACACGUCGCAUUGCUACCCAGUCUAACAAAGACCUCAUUGAGAAGCUUCCUGGUGAACUUAGUGGGACUGCAAUGUGGAAGAAGUCUUUGGCGGAGUCAACAGCUAGGCAGUAUGCAGGAGGACGCAUCAAAUUGGCAGCUGAUAAAACAGCAAAUAAAGACCUCUUUUACACAUUCCUUCAGGAUGAGGUGAAAUCCUUAGAAGAAAAGGUGGACAAUUUGAGUGCAGAGUUCUCUAGCCUCAGCAAACAGGUUGUGGAUAGGCAGGAACAAGUUCACAAUCUGGGCCACCAACUGAAACAACAGAAAGACUUGGUGCAAAUGAGUGAUGGAAAGACAACAACUGUUAAGGACACUACAGGACAGCUUAGCACAGCCCAAUCGACUCUGACCACACUGAUUGCUAAACGUGCAAACACACUGCAACGGCUUGAGAUGUUCCGUAAAGAACUUGAGGACCGACAAACACAAUUACAAACACAGCGAGAAAAAAGUGCGAAAAAAGAAUCACGAAAAUAGAGUCAUAAAUAAAUAAGUAUCAGUAACUAAUGGACCUAAUUGAAUUGCACUUGGAUCCAAUAGUUGUUUAUCAAAAAUAAAAAUAAAUAUUAUUAUGAAAAUUUAAAGACUUAAGUUGAUAUACAUUGUUAUUUUUGUGAUAUAUGCUAUUUUUAAAUGUAAUUUUAGCUUGUCCACCAACAUUUUUAAUAUGUCACCAAUAAAUAUUCUGUCGUUUUUUAGUGCAAGAAAUGUUAAAUUUGCAAUAUAUUGUCCACUAUAUCAAUUAUUAUUAUUAUCAAUAUUUCUUUAAUAAGAAAUAAAUUUAUUGAUAGAAUGUCAGCAUUCUAAUAAAAUUGUGCCUUUAAAGUAUGCAUAAUAAUUAAUCCGUCCUGUAAUAUUAUAUUAAGUAUUUCACUUUGAUUGAUAAUGAUUGAAUAAGUCAAUUGAUGCUUUCAGUUCAUAUCACCUUGAUAGGUAAUUAGCUUUAAUAAAAUUGUGCCUUUAAAGUAUAUCUAUGUAUAAUAAUUAAUUCGUCCUGUAUAAUAUUGAGUACUCUCAUCUUGAUAAUAAGUAAAUUAUUAAAAUUAAAUUUAUUUAAAAAUGUAAACUACAGAAUAUUAUUAUGAAUCCGUCCUGAUUGAUAAUGAUUGAUGCUUUCAGAUCACAUCACCUUGAUAGGUAAUUAUCUUUAAGAAUUCCGUCCAAACAAUUUGUAGUACUUGAGAACAUUCCUUUGUAAAUUAUAUGGUUGUGUAAAUAUAUCGUGGAAUUUUUAAUUUAUUAAAAAUGUAAAAAUAUAAUGUAAUCAAAGGAAGACGAUUUAAAAUGCAUCAUUUAUCCAUAUGUUUAUUGAGGAAAACCUAGAAUCAGGUAUAUAUUUUUUUUCAAAUUCACCAAGAUUUUCAAUGUUGUGAUAUAUGUGGCAAAGACAAGCCAAACCAGUCACUCGUCGCAAAUCCUGUUUUGGAGAUAAUGGCCAAAACAUGUUGGAAUGUCAAAAUUUUGGAAAUUUAUUUUAUUGCACUAAACUAACCUUUACA